AUGCCUGGCCAAGGUCUUCCGCCUGUGAAUCCUUUCGCCUUCUGGACCAACCUCUUCCAGAAUGCUCCUCAGUUCCCUGGUUUUGGUGGUGGUUUUGCGCAGCAAGCUCCUCAGCAUCAGCAGGCUCCCCACGCUCAGCAGCAUGCACAGCAUGCACCUUUCCAGCAGGACCUUCCGCAGCAGGCUCCUCCUCAGGAUGAUGCUCAGCAACAGGCAAACCCUAUGGCUGCAAUGUUCGAUGUGUUCACUUCCACUGUGCGAGACUUGAAGUCUGAACUGUCCAACAUCAAGGAGAAGAUUGAGACCUCCGUGCAUGACGCUAUUUCUGGGAGCUUUGAGCACAAGAAACGGAAGGCGGACAAGUUCAAGAACGAGGCAGCCAAGAAGAACUAUAUUCCGCUCGAGGAGUCGCACAUCAGGUUCUCCGCAAUCAAGGAGGCUGUCACUGAGGCCAAGGAGAGCGGCAUUGGCAUGGCGCCUGAGCAAGUGGACAAGAUGGACGACAUCCUGGACGAAGGUUUGUCUAUCCUCCAAGACCGCAUGCAUUUCUAUGAAAUUGCUGAGGCUGAGACAUGGGAUGUCGCGAAGAAGAUGGACGAACAUGACUUCCUGCUCGAUCUCCCUGAUGAUGUGAAGACGAAACUCAAGAAGGCCAAGAAAGAGGUCAAGUCUGAAGUCAAGGACAAGUCCAUCAAGAAGAAGCGCAACUCGUUUGGCUUCGGUCAGUUCCGUGGCAGGAAAGGUGGUUUCUCCAAGGGUUUCCAAGGUGGCUUCCAGCAGGGUGGUUUCCAGGGUCGUGGUUUCCAGCAGGCAGGACAGGGAGCUGAGUUGGAGUCUUUGCAUCGUCUUGCCGAUCUCACUGAAGCAGCUGAGUUCGAAGGUUUCCGAUCUGCCAAGUCUGCGAAGCCUCCUUCCACUUCUGGCCAACCCUCUGUGCCAAGACUCCUUCCACUUCUGGCCAACCCUCUGCUGCAAGACUGA